UGUCAGUGCCACUCUUCGCGAAACGCUCCGUCAGUCCAAGGAGACAGACAACUCAGGCCAGUCCCACGUCGUCGGAUUCCAGACCAGGCGCAGAGAACACUUGAGAAAAAACCGCAGUCGAUCAAACCGCGCAGCCUCGCAAUAACAAGGACGUUGCGCUCGUGAUUCUUCAUUAGCGCACAGGUCCUCGAAACGGUUGCAUUCCUCCACCCCAAAUAGGUUCGGCGCGCGCCAAGUCGACUACGGCCCAGCCUCUCCAAUCCGAUCCACCAUCAAUCACCCUCCGACUGAAGUGCCAGACAGACAGCACCCUGCAAGUUCGCCAUUUCGCAACUCCCGCUCCUGCGACGGCAUUCUCGUCCUUCCCAUAACUAUGAGUGCCGCAGUCGCCAUGGCCCCCUCACCAGCACCUCAUGAGAGGGCGGUUGCAUCUGCAUCUACAGACAUGCCGGCCCCUGCACCCAAAACGGCCUCAGCGCAACCCCAGGCGCAAGCUGCUCCCACAUCCGCGCCCAAUGGCUCAUCCCCCUAUGGCCAGAGGACCGCACAUAGGAAUGGCAGCAAAAGUCCCAACGGACCCUCAGCUUCACAAAGCUCACCAUUGUCCUCGCGAGGCGUCAACGCCCCCCCGAAAAUCAUCGUCAAAAAGGAGCCUGGCUCGCCCACCAUGCCCAGCUCGAGACCGCGCCCUUCGCGUCUCGACUUGUCGAAGAAUACCAUCAGCAACAACUCAAAUAACCCUGCAUCUGCGCGCCCAUUGACAGCCCGUGAUCCCCUCAGCAUUCAAGAUAUGGGCAUCCACUGUCUGUCACCAGGUUUCGUUACCGACGACCCUCACAUGAAGGACCACAUCCAGAGAAGCAUGUCAGUGCGGGAGCAACAGCGCCACAUCAUCGAGGCUCGGUUACAUCAACAAUCUGCCAAGGGCGACGGCCCAUCAGACAAGGACAGGGAACCUGGUUCAGCCUUUGCAGUCAGGACACCUGGUAUAUCGUCUCGGCGCAACAAGGUGCCGCCAGGCUUGUCAAUCGUUGCGCCCUCCCACAAACAGUUCGCAAACGAGAGAGUGAUUCAGUCUGCGCCCCUUGGCCACAGCUUCACUGGCCGCCAGGACAUGGCGCCCUCGAGCAGGCAUUUCAACCAACAGCCGUCUUAUCUGUCCAGCACCUCACACAUACAUCACGUUCCUGCUCAUCAGACCGAGAACCGCCUACCCCCGAUUAGUGAUGUGUUUGGUCAAGGGUUGUCUGCAAACCCCGAAAAUGCAGCCGCAUCAGGGUUCCCAACGGCCGGAAGCGCGCGCGCUGUUCCCCAAUCGCCCAGUUACCCCCCGCCACCUCCAGGGCCGACGCCGACGGGGCGAUCGAGGGAAUACAAGUCCGCUGAAGAAGCCCAGCAAGACAUGGCUGGAGGUCGACCAGAACUACUGCCACGUCUAGUCCACUAUGGUGGACACCAGCCACCCACGCCCCCAUCUCCUGCCCCGGGCAAUCGUCCAUCUGACGGCAGCCGGAGUGCCACCAAGAGGAGAACCAGGGCUGAGUACGAGGAUGGCGCUACCCCACCGUUGGGACAUGGUCCGAAAACCUCUCGCCGUGGUCCUUUCGAUGCCGGUCGCGAUAGCCCCGAGACUCAACGCCAGAAGCGCGAGGAAUUCUUGGGUCUAUGUGAGCGGGCUUGGGAUCUGUUCCACUCGUAACACGGAACUCGUUUGCUCCGAAAGCACCUCCAGCCCAGACUGUCACUGGUGCUCUGGAUAGCCAUAUAAGCGACGUUAUGGGGAGUUGGGAUGAGCGCGCGUCAUUUGAUGACUUAUUAUACCUACAUACACUCGGGGCUGUGUGCUCUGCGCGCGCAGGCCUCUACGACUCGACAAAGAGCUGGAGUGGACUUUUUUUUCUUCACUUUUACAAGGGUAAUUCUGGCAGGGCUUUCGGGCAGGCGCCGGUCUUUUUCGGGGGACAUAAUACCAACGGAUGUAUUCGGGGUGUGUU